AUGGCAAAGUCGGCCUCGGCGCAAGGAUACGCCCCUUUGGCAACCACAGAAUCGCACGACUUCGAUUGCCCAGAUGCUCGCCACACCGGCAGCGGUCAAGCCUUUCGCCGCCCCUAUACAGACAGCCGGGGCGACGGCGACGGCGACAGCGAGGACGACGAUGCGCUAGCGCCAUACCACCUCGACCGGCACGGGGACUCACCCUCGCCACAGCCGCUCAUCAAGAAUGGCGUACACGGCUCCCUCGCCUGGCAUCGCAUGCGCCCGCGCCAAAAGGCCGCCGUCUUUGCCGUCUUCGGCCUGCUCGGCGGUGGCAUGCUCCUCCCCUUCAACGCAAUCAUCACUCCCGCCGAGUACUUCCGCUCGUCGUUCGCGAGUACACAGUACGCCACCACCUUCAGCAGCUGGAUCGUCGUGUCCUACAACGUCGUCAGCAUCCUCUUUGGUCUCCACGCCACCGCGACUGGUGGUUUCGAACGCUCGAGUCCCCGGAGGAGGAUCAUCGCCUCAUCGCUCGCCAUCAUGCUCGCCCUCGUCUGCUUCAUCAUCUCCACCAUGGUCAACCUCUACUCGGACGCGGCGACCGUGCACACCAACCCGACCGCCUAUUUCUACCUCGUCAUCGCCCUCGGCAGCCUGUUGUCGGCUGCCACCGCCUACAUGCAAAACGCCGUCGUUGCUCUCAGCACCGCCUUCGGCGCGGGGGGCCGCUUCAUGGGCAUCAUGCUCACCGGUCAGGGCCUCGUUGGACUUGGCAUCAGCCUCGUCGGCAUCGUAUCGGCCUGGUCCCAGUCGUCGGCCGAAGACCGCAGCCUAUCGCCACCGCUCCUCGAUUCCCCCAUUGGCCCACUCAAUCCUGCCGAGCAAGAGGCCAACGAGAUCGCCCGUGCCGCCACCGUCUUCUUCACAAUGUCGCUUGCCUUCAUGGCCGUCGUGGUGGCCGCCUUUGUCUGGCUCGGGCGUUCCGAGCUGUACGCCCAGGUCAUGGCCAAGGAGGUGGCCAGCAUCCAAAGGGUCGACACCGACCCGCCUUCCGACGCGCUGGACUCGGCCGACCUCGCCGAGCAUGGCAUGACGCAGAGCUUUCACUCGGAGCGCUCUGUCUCGCACCCGCACUACGCCUCGAUGCUCAAGAGCUUCCCGGGCUUCCACCGCCUUUCUGCCGAGACGCGCAGCUCGCUGCUGCGCCUCGCUGCCGUCCAGUCCAAGGCAGCGUGGGACUGCUUCGCGGUUGCCUUCAUCUUCACCGUCACCCUCUCGCUCUUUCCCGCCCUUACCUCGGCAGUCCAGAGCGUCUACUCUCCCACGUCGAUCGAGGGCGGAGGCGGCCGACCUCACCGCCACGUCGCACUGGAUCUGACGUCGCCGCAGAUCUUUGUGCCGUUCCACUUUUUCCUCUACAACCUCUCGGACCUCGCCGGGAGGACGCUGCCGAGCGUGGCACCACAGACGCUGCUGCGCAAGACCCGGGCGCUGGUGGGUGCGUCGCUGGCAAGGGUGGUUUUCGUGCCCGUCUUUCUGGCCUGCCACGUCGUCUCGGGCUCGAGGCGCACGGGCCCCAUCUCGAGCGACGAGGGCGGCCGUGGCGGCGGCGGUGACGCUGCACCGCCGCUAGGCCCGCUGCAGUCGCUGAUGCAGUCGAGCGAUGCGCCCUUUUUCAUCGCGAUGCUCCUGUUCGGGCUGACGAACGGCUUCGUGAGCACGUGCAUCAUGAUUUCGGGCCCGUCGCGGAGCAGCCUGCGCAACUCAAAGGGGUCGAGCGAGGCGCCGCUGGCCGCCGCGCUGCUCUCGUUCUGGCUCUGCGUCGGUCUCGCCGUCGGCAGCGGGCUGAGCUUCUGGACAGUGCCGCAGUGA